GUCCGAUAUGUUGUUCUACACGCAACUCUUCACCUCCAAGCGAGGACCUUUAGCCAAAAUCUGGUUAGCUGCGCACUGGGAAAGGAAGCUCACCAAGGCUCAUGUGUUUGAAUGCAACUUGGAGACAACUAUCAGAGACAUCAUUUCACCAAAGAUGAAACUGGGUUUGCGGACGUCCGGUCAUCUGCUCCUCGGUGUGGUCAGGAUCUACUCCAGAAAAGCCAAGUACCUGCUCGCUGACUGCAACGAUGCUCUGCUUAAAAUAAAAGUGUCAUUCAGGCCAGGUCAGACAGAUAUGCCUAAGGAGGGGCUCGAGGCAACACUAAAAACAAUUACCUUGAUUGAAGAUUUCACUUCUUUUGAUGCCCAGCUUCCUUCCCUAAGUGACACAGAUGUGGAGGACCAUUUUUCACUGAAUCAGAGCAGAUUUGAGGAAAUAACCCUGAAGGAGGAUUUUGGAAAAACAAUUCCACAUGUAGCAGGCACUGUAGGUGAAUCCAAGUGUCACCAAAAUGCAGUACUGGAUGUGAGCUUCCAGAGUUUCACACAGGAGGAAGACGGCUUCGGUGAUGAGGAUAAAACAUUUGACUUAUUUGACUUUCUUAUGAGCUCCAGUGAUCCUGCUGAGCCCAAAGACUUCAUCUCAGAAGAGCCUCGAAAUGAAGAUCUAGAGACGUCACUGCACGAUCAGCAACAAGAUGCUAACAGAAGAGAGCCAGUGGAGGCAGCAACUCCGUCAUUGAGUGAAACUACCCUGCUCAACAAUGUAGAAGACGCCUUUGCCCUUGAACCUGUGCCCAUCACUCUAAAGAAAGAGAAGAGGAGGGCAAAGAGGAAACGUCGAUUAGUUGUGGACCUGACUAAAGAGUUGACCAAUGAAUUUAUCAGAGAGCAGCUUACCGAUUAUUCAGACCUGGUCACUGCCAUGGACAUGGCCCCACCAACUGUGCAGCUCAUGCAAUGGAAGGAUUGCGGUGGUGCAGACAAACUUUUUGCUCAGCCAUGCUCCAGUGUACCAACUCCACAGAUAAAGGAGCUCUUUGCUAAGACUGUCUUCCAUGUGAAAUAUUUUGGUGGUUGUGAUGAGGUUGAGGAGGUACGCCAGGACCGAGAAGAAGUUCAGGAGGAUGUGACCACGUCCACCAGAGACGACAUCAGUGUCAUGGAUUCAACAAGCAACACUGAAAACACACACAACACUAAGCUUUUGGCUUUGGAUGAAAUAAACAACAACCAGGAUGAUAACGAGUCAGCACUCCAAGAUGAGUACAGGUCAGAAUGUACUUGUCCAGAACUUCCUUCAGAGGACUCCAUGUUUGUCCAUCCAUCUCGCUUGGAGCAGGAGACUCCGUCAACAUCCCUGCACACUCAGUCUGUGCUGGACAGCCAGGACUUUGGUGAGAAGAGGAUAACCUUGCGAACACAAAAGCUCCUGAACAGUCUGAAAACCAACAGUGAUGCCACAUUCAGUGUGAAGGCACUCUGUGCAGGGAGCACGCGCUUCCAGGCUGCAAACACUUUCUUCUGUCUGCUCGUCCUGAAAAAACAACAAGCCCUGCACCUUCAUCAGAGCGCCCCCUAUGAGGACAUCGUCGUCACACCGGGACCCAAGUUCUACGAUUAGUAAACUCACAAUACACAAAUUAGACUUCUGGUUCUACUGAUUCUGAAUCACAGUGGUUUGGCAGGGUAAUUUGCACAAAAUAAAUAAAUAGAUUAAUGAUAAUAAUAGUAAUAGUUUUCUCUGUUAAACCACAACUUCAUCAUAUGUCAGAUAUGUUUGUAUGAAUUCAGAUUUAGAUUUAAUCUGCAGGAGUUUGAAGUUAAACUGGGCAAACGUGCAAAAACCCUGUGUCUCGUGAAGGCUGCACAUACUUCUGUGCUUGUUCCUGGCACUUUUUCAUUUGUGAGCAAUGGGAAGGUUAUCAAUGAAAGAGGUUUGUUAGUCCUCUGACCUCACACGAUUCCUGACAUCAGGGUUCCUCUGCUCUAAAUAUUUCAGGUGACAAUCUCAAAGAUUAUUUAAAAGUAUUGAUAUUUUAAUUGUUUUAUAUUUGCAACACCUCGUGUUAUGCAGCCAUUCUUGGAGGUAUUUUAGGACUGCACGUUCUUGUGUGCUCAGUAAGUGUUCCACUUCUAUUUAUUCUUAUUUAUUUGUUCCUAAAAAUAACAAAAAAAAACAGAAAGUCAGGCUUCGCCUCCUGUAUGUAAGAUCUGUUCUGAUCUGUUGAAAAUA